AAAACCCUAAACCGAUCGAAAAAUACGAAUCAUCGAAAACCGCAAUUUGUCCCAAUGUGAUUUUAUCCAAAUUCGAACAUGUUGGAGAACGUAAAGCACGUAAUUUUGGUCCUUUCGGGCAAAGGGGGCGUCGGCAAGUCGACCGUCAGCACGCAGUUGGCUCUGACUUUGAAAGAAAAAAAUUUUAAGGUGGGGCUGCUCGAUAUCGAUUUAUGUGGCCCCAGCAUCCCCUAUUUACUGCAACUGGAAGACAAAGGGGUACACCAGUCCGACGAAGGAUGGGUGCCGGUUUAUACGGACCAGGAGCAAAAAUUAGCGGUUAUGUCGAUCGGGUUUUUGUUGAAUAGCCGCAACGACGCGGUGGUGUGGCGCGGCCCGAAAAAAACCGCCAUGGUGAAGCAGUUUUUGACGGAUGUGUCCUGGGGGGAGUUGGACUAUCUUUUAAUAGACACGCCACCAGGGACGUCCGAUGAGCACAUCAGUGUUAUGGAAUCUUUGAAAGGGGUGAAGUGUGACGGCGCUAUUUUGGUGACAACCCCGCAACAAGUGUCGAUAGAAGACGUCCGCAAAGAAGUCACGUUUUGUAAACGAACGAAAAUCCCGAUUCUGGGUAUUGUGGAAAAUAUGAGCGGCUUUGUGUGUCCUUCGUGCACUGAAUGUACAAACAUAUUCAGUAAAGGUGGGGGCGAAGCUCUAGCAAACUUGGCGGAAGUGCCGUUUCUGGGGGUCCUGCCAAUCGACCCUCGAGUGGGGGCUUUAUUAGGGAAAGCGUGCGUCAAAGAACUGCCGGAGUCGCCGUCUGCAAAAACUUUUAAUGAAAUAGCAGAAAAAAUAACAUGUACAUAGUGGAUUAAAACUUUGUAUAUUUUAUUAGAAAAA